AUGUCUGCUGUGUCCAAUGCUGAUGCAGCGUCAAAAUCGGCUUCCAAGAAGAAGAGAAAGAACAAGAAGAAGGCCAACGACAAGCCAAAGUCAUCCACCGACGGUCCAGACGUUAAUGGCGCUCACGAUGACCCGGACGACGAUGUCGACGACGACGAAGCCACGAGCCGGAAGCAGUCGAUAGCUGGCCUCGACGACGGAACCACUCCACAACCACUGCCACUCAACCACUCCGACAACACCAGCACACCUCCCGCAAACACACAGUCAGACAAUGACGCCCAAUCAGAAACAGCUGCGCGCUUGGAUGCCAUGGUCAAGGAGCGAGAUUCGCUGCGUGAAGAGCUGACCGAGUUGCGCAAGUCGCUCGAAUCUAUCCAAGAGAAGCACAAUCAAGAGGCAGAGAGUCAGAAGUCACAAGCUCAAGACGACAAGACCGCCAAAGAGAAUGCCGAGAUCGAGGACUUGCGCAAGUCGCUAAAGUCUAUCGAGGACAAACACAAGCAAGAACUCGACCAACUCAGCAAGCAGGCCGAAGACGCCCAAGCCACCAAAGACAACGCAGAGUUGACCGAGCUGCGCUCCUCGAUCGAGUCCAUGCAAAAAUCGCUCGCAUCCAUGCAAGAGAAGCACACCCAAGAGAUUCAAGACCUCAAGAAGCAAGCAGACGACGCUCAGACAACCAAGGACAACUUUGAAAUCGCCGAACUGCGCCAAUCCCUCGAGUCUAGGACAUCAGCACAUCAGAAAGAGGUCGAGCUUCUCACCAAGAAGGCUCAAGAAGCACAAUCAACCAAGGAGAGUGCCCAAGUCGCAGACCUAAACAAGGCUCUAGAAUCUCUCCGGGAGCAACACCAAAAGGAAAUUGAAGACCUAAAGAAACAAGCACAAGAAGCACAGACCGGAAAGCAGACCUCGAAUGGUGAAGAGAUGGAUGAGCUCAGGACACAACUGGAGGAAACUCAGAAGGGCAAAGAGAAUGCCGAGAGCGCAUAUCGCACACUUCUUGGCAAGGUCAACACCAUCAAGUCGCAACUGGGAGAACGUCUAAAAGCAGAUGCCGAGGAACUCUCCAAAGCUCGCGCUGAGAUUGAAGACCUACAAGAAGAGAGUAGAUCCGCCCGCGAGAGCAAGCAAGAGCUUCAAGCCACCAUUGAUCAACUCGAGACACAACGCAAGGAACACGAAAGCGAGAUCGAGUCACUCAGAAGCCGUACCAACGUCAGCCAAUCGAAUUGGGUCAAGGAACGUGACGAAUUGAUCAGCAAGGAAGCAUAUGCCCGAGAGGAGUUUGAGAACGCCCGACAAGCCAUGCAAGACUGGGAAGUUCUGGCCAUGGAAGAGAGAUCGCUGCGUGAAUCCCUCAGCGAGCGUGUUACUGAGAUCGAAGAGCAACUCAACGCUCAACGGGAGGCCUAUGAACGGGCGGCAAGCGAGAGAGAUACACAAAACUCGACAGUCGACUCACUCCAACGGGCACUGCAAGACAUUCAAGAUGCACGCAAANAGGAGCUGCGCGAGAUGGUCGAAAACUCACAAGCUCAACUCGAUGCUCUGCGUGCCCAGACCGACGAAGCAAAGACCUCGGCCGCGUCAUCGGCAGAAGAGCUCGAAAGAACAAGGAAAGAGCUUGAGCGUGCCCUUCCGUUUGAGAAAGAGGUCAAGGAGAAGAAUCUGCUGAUUGGGAAAUUACGACACGAAGCCGUCAUCCUCAACGACCACCUCACCAAAGCUUUGCGAUUCCUGAAACGCGGUAAACCGGAGGAUAACGUGGACCGUCAUAUCGUCACCAACCAUUUCCUGCACUUUUUGAUUCUGGAUCGCAGUGAUCCGAAGAAGUUCCAAGUAUUGCAACUGAUUGCGGCACUGCUUGGUUGGACUGAGGAACAGAGAGAGCAGGCGGGACUGGCACGACCAGGCGCCUCCAACUCCAUGCUCAAGAUUCCACUAUCACCCUUCCGCCGCACACCCUCCACCCCUUCAUUAUCAGACUCUACCUUCGACAACCAUCAAGGAGGCAGCAAAGAAUCUCUCGCAGAACUCUGGUCCGACUUCUUGGAACGAGAAGCGCAAGAGGGAGGUUUGCAUAGCAGCCGUAGCGGCAGUUUCGCCAUGAUGUCUCCGACACAAGAGAGGCCUGCUUCUUCUGGAGGACUGGGUCUUACAAGUCCCAGACCCAACUAA